AUGUUGAAGAAAUUCGACAAGAAGGACGAAGAGUCGGGUGGAGGCUCCAACCCAUUUGAGCACCUUGAGAAGAGUGCCGUCUUCCAGGAGGCCGGUGUAUUUAAUGAAACUCCCAUCAACCCUUGGAAAUGUGCCUACAUCCUCACCAAGAUUCUUUAUCCUAUAAACCAGGGGGAGCACCUGGGGACCACGGAAGCAACUGAGGCCUUCUUUGCCGUGACCAAGCUCUUUCAGUCCAAUGAUCCCACACUCCAUCGGAUGUGCUACUUGACCAUCAAGGAGAUGUGCUGCAUCACAGAGGAUGUCAUCAUUGUCGCCAGCAGCCUAACAAAAUACAUGACUGGGAAAGAGGACAAUGACCGGGGCCCCGCUGUGCGAGGCCUCUGCCAGAUCACUGAUGGCACCAUGCUGCAGGCUAUUGAGUGCUACAUGAAACAAGCCAUUGUGGACAAGGUGCCCAGUGGCUCCAGCUCUGCUCUCAUGUCUUCCCUGCACCUGCUGAAGUGCAGCUUUGAUGUGGUCAAGCACUGGGUGAAUGAGGCUCAGGAGGCGGCAUCCAGUGAUAAGAUCAUGGUCCAGUACCACGCCCUAGGGCUCCUGUACCAUGUGCGUAAGAAUGACUACCUGGCCAUCAAUAAGAUGAUCAGCAAGGUCACCUGGCACGGCCUUAAGUCUCCCUUUGCCUACUGCAUGAUGAUCUGGGUGGCCAGCAAGCAGCUGGAAGAGGAGGAUGGCAGCCGUGACAGCCCACUGUUUGACUUCAUCGACAGCUGCUUGAGAAACAAGCACAAGAUGGUGGUGUACAAAGCCGCCUUGGUCACUGUCAAUCUGCCAGGCUGCAGUGCCAAAGAGCUGCCCCUUGCUGUGUCAGUGCUCCAGUUUUUCUGCAGCUCACCCAAGGCUGCUGUCCACUAUGCUGCUGUUCCCACCCUCAGUAAGGUUGCCAUGAAGCAUCUGUCAGCUGUGACAGCUUGUAAUCUGGAUCUGGAGAACCUGGUCACAGACUGAAACCGCAGCCGUGCCAUGCUGGCCAUCGCCACCCUCCUUAAGAGGGGCAGUGACAGCAGCAUCGACCACCUCAUGAAGCAGUUCUCCUCCUUCAUGUCAGAGAUCUUGGAUGAAUUCAAGGUGGUGGUUGUCCAGGCUAUCAGUGCCCUGUGUCAGAAGUAUCCUCACAAACAUGCCAUCCUCAUGAACUUCCUGUUCACCAUGCUGUGGGAAGAGGGUGGUUUUGAGUACAAGCACACCACCGUGGACUGCAUCAUCAGCAUCAUUGAGGAGAACUCAGAGAGCAAGGAGACAGGGCUGUCACAUCUGUGCGAGUUCAUCGAGGACUGCGAGUUCACAGUGCUGGCCACCCGUAUUCUACCUCUGGGCCAGGAGGGGUCCAAGACCACUAAUCCCUCAAAGUACAUCCACUUCAUCUAUAACCGAGUGGUCUUGGAGCAUGAGGAGGUCUGGGCAGGUGCUGUGAGUGCUCUGGCCAAGAUUGGAGCCCAGAAUGAAGAGAUGUUACCCAGUAUCUUGGUGUUGCUGAAGAGGUGUGUGAUGGAUGAUGGCAAUGAAGUAAGGGACCGAGCCACCUUCUACCUAAAUGUCCUGGAGCAGAAGCAGAAAGCCCUCAAUGCAGGCUAUAUGCUAAAUGGUCUGACUGUGUAUCCUGGUCUGGAGAGGGCUCUGCAGCAGUACACUCUAGAACCAUCAGAAAAACCUUUUGACCUCAAGUCUGUGCCCCUGGCCAUGGCACCCACGGCAGAGCAGAGAACAGAAAGUACUCCCAUCACAGCUGUCAAACAGCCUGAGAAAGUGGCAGCUACCAGGCAGGAGAUCUAGGAGCAGUUGGUGGCAAUGCCAGAGUUCCGGGGACUUGGGCCCUUCUUCAAGUCCUCGCCUGAGCCCGUGGCCCUCACAGAGUCAGAGAUGGGGAAUGUCAUCCGCUGCACCAAACACACCUUCACCAACCACAUGGUGUUUCAGUUUGACUGCACAAACACAGUCAAUGACCAGACCCUGGAGAAUGUCACAGUGCAGAUGGAGCCCACUGAGGCCUAUGAGGUGCUCUCUUACGUGCCUGCCCAGAGCCUGCCCUAUAACCAGCCUGGGACCUGCUACACACUGGUGGCACUGCCCAAAGAAGAUGCCACAACCUGCACAUUCAGCUGCAUGAUGAAGCUCACUGUCAAGGACCGUGAUCCCACCACUGGGGAGACGGAUGAUGAAGGCUAUGAGGAUGAGUAUGUGCUGGAAGAUCUGGAAGUUACUGUAGCUGAUCACAUUCAAAUCAUGAAACUGAACUUUGAAGCAGCCUGGGAUGAGGUAGGGGAUGAAUUUGAGAAGGAGGAAACGUUCAGCUUGUCUACCAUCAAGGCACUUGAAGAGGCUGUGGGUAAUAUUGUGAAGUUCUUGGGAGUGAACCCUUGUGAGAUCAAAGUGCCGGGUAACAAGAACACCCACAUGUUGGUCCUGGCUGGUGUGUUCCGGGGUGGUCAUGACAUCCUAGUGCACUCUCCGCUGCUGCUUUUGGACACAGUGACAACGCAGUUGACACCCAGAAGUUUGGAGGAGCUGCCAGUAGACAUCAUCUUGGCAUCUGUGGGCCAAGGAGCCAGCCUGCAUAGGACCUUAUACCCUUCCCCAACACUGUCUGGAAGUUGUGCCUUCCUCAUGAAACCAGCAGAAACCCCUUCCCAAGCUUCUCCCAAGGAGAACGAGCCCACACGAGAGCGAAAAGCCGGCAGAGGUUCCCACAAACCACACACAGAGAACCACAUCAGACACAGGGAACAGGGAAGAAACGACGUGGAAGACACCAUACACCCAAACGUGCGCGAAGCGGGAUCAAACCUGGAGCACACGUCUCCAAAGGACCAAAGAACCCCGUCAACACAGUCAGAUCUCCCGCCGAUACCGCCCCUCCAAUGCAACCUGAUCCCCCCGAGAAAUGUCCUGAUCAGACUCUCCCCACUCCUGCACCCAUCCCCACAAAGUAACAACGACUUAUCGCCGCCCCAUGGCCCGAUCUUUACCAAGCACCCCACCAUCACAAGCUUGCAGGCAACCUUCCACGACGCGAGACACCCAUCUCCCUUCAUCCCCUCACACAACACACUCCCAGACCCCAUCGAGUCGACACCACUCCUAGCCACCAUCACCCGCAUCGUCCUGAACAAAAACAUCAAGAACCAAGAAGCACAAGAGUCGCGUGGAGGCUCCAACCCCAUCACGAGCACCUAUCGAGAGAAGCGCCUCCACCACACAAGACACAGCGCGGAGCUAUCUUACGCCACACCACCAUCAACCACCUUCAAUACUGGCACAUACCACACUCCACACAAAGCUCUCACAAUCAUCACAUCCACCUACCAGAGAGGACACCCCCACACCGCGGACCACGCGCACCAAUGA